UACCAGACGAAGCCGCGCGUGGGAGGCGCGGAGCCGGGAAAAGAGAACGGCACCGGGAGGAGGGAGACAGAAGCGGGGAGACGCGGAGGGGAGACGCGGAGGGGGACCCAGGGCGACGCGGGGACCCCCUAGAGACGCGACGCGGGGAGACGCGGGGAUGCUGAGGCUGCGCCUGGGCAGGCGGAGGUCGCCUCCGCGCGGCUUCGCGUGCACGGUCCGGCUGCUGGACGACACCGAGAUAACGUGCAACGUGCAGAAGGACACCAAGGGCCAGCGAGUGCUGGACCACGUGUGUAACCACCUGGACCUGCUCGAGAGGGACUACUUCUGCCUGCACUACCGCGACACCGACGGGCAGACACACUGGGUGGACGUCUCCAGGCCACUGGUGAAGCAGCUGAAAUGCAGCCCGCCGUACGUGCUGUGUUUUCGCGUGCGGUUCUACCCUCCCGAUGCACUCGCCCUUCGCGAAGAGAUCUCCAGGUACUUGCUCUUCCUGCAGCUCAAGCGGGACCUGCGGCACGGCCACCUCCUGGCGCCAGCUGCAGACAUGGCCUGGCUCAUCGCCUUCAUCCUGCAGGCGGAGACGGGGGACUAUGACCCCGAGGAGUGCACGGACGACCGUGAGGCGCGCGUCGCUCUGCUGCCUCCCGCCGCUCACCCCUCGCUCCUCACCCACGCACACCACCUCCACCGCACCCAGCUCCGCGGACAGACACCGGCGCAGGCCGAGGAGAACUUCCUGCAGAAGGUGCAGGAGCUGGAGACGUACGGGUUCAACCCGCAGCCCUGCCGGGACGUGACGGGGAUGCCGGUGCUGCUGGGCUUCACGCCGCCCGGCCUCAGCGUCCUCCAGGACGGCAAGCGCGUCAUCUUCCUGCCCUGGUCGGAGAUUCGAAAGCUGAAGUUUGAAGGGAAGACGUUCCACGUGCACUGCGUUGAGAAGGAGAAGAGGUUCACGCUGCCGUUCCACGCGGCGUCGCCGACGGCCUGCAAGCACGUUUGGAGGAGCGCCGUGGACAGCCAGGCCUUCUAUCAGCUGGAGCGCUCGAGCGAGAUCCGCGCCGUCUCCAGCAGUAACCUGCUGUUCCGGCGAAGCAAGCACCGCUUCAGUGGCCGCGUUGCCAAGGAGGUCCUGGAGGCGAGCAACCGGAUCCAGCGCCACCCGCCCAUCGUGAAUCGGUCACGCAUGGUGGAGACCAUGAGCUGCCCGACGAUCUCGCGCGACGCCGUGGCGCCACUCUAUUCAGCCACCGAGAGCUACCUCCUGCACGACCUGGGCUUCCCGGACGAGGAUGGCCACUCAACGCCAGUGCCGCGCCAGCGCAACGGUGACGCCGCCGAUCGCAUCUCCGUCAGUUGCCUGGAGCUCAACGUUGCACGGACGCACAACCACCACCAGCAGCAGCCUCACCGUCACCCGCAGCACCAUGCGCAGCUGCAGCACAAGCAUCUCACGCAAAAGCAGCAGCAGCAGCAGAAUCUGCAACAGAACAGCCACCAAGGCCAGGCACGCAGGCAGCAGCAGCAGCAGCUGGUGGUAGAGGUGCCAGCUGCGGAGGCCAAGCGGGGCCAUGCUGGGACCCAGGAGCCACCGAGUCAGGGCCGGGCGGCGCUGACGGCGGCCACCGCUACCGGCGGCGGUGGCCGCCCCGUGCCGGACACCGAGAGUCAAUCGGAGGAGCCGACGGAGGACGGGGAGACGCCGGAGGGGAGGGAGUUCCCCGCACCGGACGCGGACUGGUGCGAGGCCGACUUCGACGAGAGCGCCCUGCAGGAGGCCGAGGAGGAGGAGAUGGACGAGGUGUCGCGGCUCACGGACCGCAACCUGGCACUGCUGACGGCCGGCCGCGACCGCUACGGCCGAGUGGCGCGCGCGGGCCUGCGCGCCGUGCUGGCGGCGUGCGCCGUCGUGCUGGUCACCGUGCCGCUGCUGCUGGUGCUGCUCGAGUCGCCGCUGGACGUGGCGCUGCUGAGGGACCUCAGGCGGACGCCCGAGUUCACGCAGUUCCACGUCGAGUACUUCUGCCCCAUGCAGCGCCGACUGGGCGCCACCUUCCGCUCGCUGGCCGGCAGCGUGGACGAGUCGUGCGACCGCCUCGAUUAGGCCCCCAAGGGAGCGCUAGGGAGGCUCGGUUCCUGGCCUCUCGAGCCCUCGCCCGGUUUAAACAAAAUCAAUGCGACGCUCGGGCCUCGCGGACUCCCACGGCGGCUGAAUGGCGCCGCCGGCCCGCCCGCAAAUGGAGGGGUCCUCCCAGCAGGGAAGCGGCGCGCCGCGCUUGGCAACGUGCUCGGAGGCAAAGCCCUGCUCGCUCUCGCGCGUCCGCGAUCCCUUUGUCGCGGAAGAGCGGCGAGGAGGCGCCGUGCCGUUGGGUUUCCUCGAGAUGUGCGGAUCGACAGGUCCCCCGCGCGGGCAACCCCAAGUCCCCUCUGCCCCUGUGCACCGCUCAUCACCCAGGGGCCCCGCCGGGCCCCGUUUCCCCAGCGGCUGGCUGCCGCUUCUCCCUGCACGCAGCGUGCCUUCGCCUGAACUCUCUCUCUCGGCGGUGACCGAAGUCACGCAGCGAUGCUGUUACGGUGAUGUGACUUAACUUAUUUUAUAUUUGAUCUUUGUUCUCGCUUUGUAACUCUUCCUUUUCACAGCCAGUUUUUUGUUGUUGUGUAUCAGUCCUAAUCGUACGAAUUUUUCCAUCCCGUGACUCUCUAAUUAACGACAAGUAUUAGGUGGGCACGAUAUUACACAUAAGCGUUGGAACGAGGGUGGCACGGCAGGGAGAGGCGAGGUGGGGCGGGUGGGUAACCGGGUGCCAUGGCAACGCGCGGGAACUCUCAGCUCCCGCUGCCCCCCCCCCCCGCUGGUGCCGUGGAUUAUCGAUCACGCCACGGCACGGAUUAUGGUGCAGAGGCCGCGCCGUGCCCCCCGCCACUCCCUGCGAUCCUUCCGAAUCCAGCGGAGCCUUGCAAACCUGGCCAAUACUUGUUGCUUCGUUUGAUUAUUGAAAGACGCUUAAUUUUUUGGCAAUAUAUUUAAUAGACUUAUUUGGUAAAGCCUCAGCUAUUGCCGACAUAUUCAAUAGUGUUGAAUAUGUUGUCGUUGAUAAUUGAGGAUAUACGAGUCUGGUUAAAUACAUUUCCGAAAAGCGAACGUGUAUAAAUGAUCAAACAAAGCAAGGAAUAUCAUGGGAUAUUUAGCUGCACUUGGCCUGUGCCUGGCAGACCAGAGAAAUCGAUCGCACGAACUAACCAACCAGAAUCCAACAUGGACACAAUGGCCACGUGCUCGUGUUGUCAAUGCAGUAGGCGCAAACGGCGUACUUUAUACGUUUGAUGAUUGAAAACGUUUAAAACACCUCCUUGAUUUGCCGAUUGUAUAUUUUGUCGAUAACUGAGCACACAUUAAGUAAAGUAUUUAACACGUCAUUGAUAAUACUAAAUAUGUUUAUUAAAUAUAUCGUCCAAAAAUGAAACAUGUGUAAAAGGUCAAACUUAGCAACAAAUAAAAUGCUAUCCAGGAGCGGCGGCGAGCGUGGCAAAGGCGCGCGCACGCGGUGCCCGUGCCGCUUCCCGCACGGCGAUCUCAAACCGCGUGGCGAGGCCACCGCGGUUUGGUGUCCGCUUCUCUGCGCCGUGAGCGGCACAGUUGCAGCCCACUUGAACGAGCGGCAACUUGCGUGUGGCCGCGAUGUCCGUGCAAUGCAGAGAGGGGCAACAGCAUGGUGGCGCGCGGUGACAGACCGACUCGACGUGACCCGUCGUUCGCUCAAUACGCGGCAACGGUUGUACAGGUAUUUAACGGUGGCGGGGGGGGGGGGGAUGACAACAGCACACCUGGCAAGCAAGGCACUGUGGUUGGUUGCGGUUGGGUCGUGUUUUACUGCGGUUAUUUUAAUAAACCUGAAAUCUCGAA